CCUUCUUAUAGCUUCCAAAAGAGACCCAUUUCUCGCGUUCUCCAUUCGUAUUUCUCACAACGCAGAGACAGUAACUCUCUCAGACGAAGAGCAAGAAGAAAGAAGAAGAAAACACGAAAUAUGGCUUCAAGACCCAUUGUUCCACAACAAGCCAGAGGUGAGGCAGUCGUAGGAGGAGAAGUCAAGCAACAGAAGAAAGCCGGGGCUGCGGGUGAUGGAAGAAGCCGUCGUGCUCUAGGUGAUAUAGGCAAUCUCGUGACUGUUCGAGGAGUAGAGGGCAAGCCUCAGCCUCAGAUUUCUCGCCCCAUCACCAGGAGUUUUUGCGCUCAAUUACUCGCCAAUGCACAAGCUGCAGCAGCAGCUGAUAACAAGAAGAAACAGGUUUGUGCUAAUGUAGAUAAAGCGCCUGUUCCUGUUGACGGACCUCCGGUGGGUAAGAAACCAGUGGCCGCAAAGGCAGCUCAAAAGAAAGUCAAUGUUAAACCAAAACCCCAGGAGGUGAUUGAGAUUAGUCCGGAUACAGAAGAAGAAGUUAAGCUCAAUAACAAGGAAAAGGAAAAGGUUCACGUAAACGCAAAAAAGGAGAAAAAUGGGUCGUCUAAGAAGACUCUUAGUUCAGUACUUACUGCCAGAAGCAAGGCCGCUUGUGGUCUGGCUAACAAGCCGAAGGAAGAGGUCGUUGAUAUUGAUGCAAAAGAUGCUAACAAUGAUUUGGCUGGAGUUGAAUAUGUUGAGGACAUAUAUAAGUUCUACAAGCUAGUUGAGAAUGAAAACAGGCCACACAGCUAUAUGCAUUCACAGACUGAUAUUAAUGAGAAGAUGAGAGCCAUCCUGGUCGACUGGUUGAUUGAUGUUCAUCAAAAGUUUGAGCUUUCUCCUGAGACUCUGUAUCUUACCAUCAGCAUAAUUGAUCGGUUCCUUGCUGUGAAGAAUGUGCCCAGGAGGGAAUUACAGUUGUUAGGCAUGGGAGCCAUGCUUAUAGCUUCUAAGUACGAAGAAAUCUGGGCCCCUGAGGUCAAUGAUUUGGUAUGCAUUUCAGACAGAGCUUACUCUCAUCAACAGGUUUUACUAAUGGAGAAAGCUAUACUGGGCAAACUUGAAUGGACCUUGACAGUGCCUACACAUUACGUCUUUCUUGCUCGCUUCAUCAAGGCUUCAAUUUCUGAUCAGCAAAUGGAGAACAUGGUAUAUUUUCUUGCUGAGUUGGGGCUGAUGAAUUAUGAUACCUUAAUCUUCUGCCCAUCAAUGGUUGCUGCUUCGGCAGUCUAUGCCGCUCGCUGUACACUGAACAAGAGCCCUGUUUGGACAGAGACACUUAAGCUUCAUACUGGUUACUCAGAAGCACAAGUGAUGGAUUGUGCUAAGCUACUAGUGUACUAUCACUCGAAAAUUGCAGAAGGCAGACUUCAAGUUGUAUACAGAAAGUACUCAAAUUCUCAGCGAGGGGGCGUUGCACUGAUUCCACCGGCUAAAAGUCUCUUGUCUGGUGAUGCUUCAGCUGGUGCAGGGAAAAACACAGCUUAAUUCAGUGCUUUACUGGAAUUCAAUCGCUUGUGUAACAAAGUAUUAUUGUGACUGUAUGUAACUGGAAAGUUGCAAAGCUGAUUCUUUUGUUUGAAAUAUGUUUGUUGUUCAACUGAUUGAUUGAAUUUAUUCCCGAAUUACAACAGAAAUUGUCAAUUUUAUGACA